AUGAUAAGAUGGUGUAUUAGAUCGAUACCAUUAUGGCAUUGUAUCCCAACCUGCUUCCAAGUUCCGAUCGUAAAACAAUUGGAAGUAGCGCCAUCAUUGUCAUUUCCAUCUACGUCAAUAUCACGCAAUGAAGGUAACACAAAGCAACAACAGGUUCAACUGCGACCGAAGAAACAGUAUAUUUCAGGCGAUAGCUAUAAAAAGCAUUACAGUUCACCAGAUGAUUUUCAUCAAUUUAAUAAUUUAAACUUGGCGCAAAAACAACAAUAUGAGGAAAAUGAGUCAUGGCAACCUUAUCAUCAUAGCGAUGAACCGAUCAUAUAUGUCGCUGAAACAACGCCUAAUCCAUAUGAUGAGCUAAUCGAUCCAGCACUAUUGACAUCAAGGCAAAAUCAACCUAUAUCGAUGCUUAAUCGAUAUGAUGAUUAUUUAUUGGAAGCACUAAAUGAUAUAUCAAAUCUUACAACCUCCAUGCAUCCGGCACCGAUAUCAGCCAUCGAACACUCUUUCGAAAAUAUUUCGGUAGCAAAGCAGAAAUCAGUACCAUCACAGGUGAUGACAAGUGAUAAUUCCUAUCCAACAUAUCCUUUGAAGAUCGAAAAAUUAACAAAUCCUGAUCAAAUAGCGGAUCCAAAAGGUAAAUUAAAAUGGACAUCAUUUAACGUGCUGAAACGACAAAAAACUUAUUCAACCAAGAAUGCGGCAAGUUCUGAAUAUCUUUUAACAACUUGA